UUCAAUAACGAAACGCCGCCGUCAAACCACGCAAAAACAUGGCGGAAAAAAUAGCAGCUGUUACCGGCGCCAAUAAGGGCUUAGGUUUUUCAAUUGUCAAAGGAUUGUGCGAAAGAUUCAACGGUAUCGUGUAUUUAACGUCCAGAAAUGAAAAAAGAGGAUUAGAAGCCGUGAAAAAGUUAAAUGCUCUCGGAUUAAAACCGCAAUUUUAUUCACUUGACGUCAGUGACAAAAGCAGUAUUAAAAAAUUUGCAGAUUAUAUCAAAACGAAACACGGUGGUCUAGAUGUUCUCGUAAAUAAUGCAGGCAUGUUAGAGUUGGAAAAGGUAUAUCCGACGUAUGAAGAAGCUAAGAGAAAUAUUGAUGUGAACUAUCGAAGUCUUUUAGACAUCGAAGAGUUUUUAUAUCCUCUACUAAGAGAUGGCGCUAGAGUGAUCAAUGUGUCGAGCGCAUGUGGACAUCUUUCGAAUUUAAAAAACAAAAAAUGGUUAGACGUUCUCACGAAACAAGAUUUGAAAACGGAAGAUAUUAAUUAUUUUGUUAAUAACUAUUUGGAAAGCUUAAAAAACGGUACAUUCAAGAAAGAAGAUUUUGCUGACGACGGAAAACAUGCGGAGCACAGAAUUUCUAAAAUUGCCUUAACGGCUUUGACUAUGGUACAACAACGGAAAUAUAAUGACAGAAAUAUAUCUAUAAAUGCUGUUCAUCCAGGGUAUUUAAAGACAGAUAUGGCACAGGGUGGAGGAGAAACUGAUCCAGAUGAUGCUGCGGAAAUUAUUCUUUACCUUAUUUUAGAAGCGUCGCCUAAUCUUAAAGGAGUAUUUAUGUGGCAUAAUAAGAAAUUAGUUGACUGGUAUGAUGUUGAAGGUGAUUAUUACUACAAACACAAGGAUUAAAGUCCAUUGAUAUUAAUAAUACCCACCAUAAUAAUAUUACAUUAAGCCAGAUCAAUGGAUUUCAAUGUGUUACCUACAA